GAGGUCAUUGGAAAGUUAGGGUGUUGCUUCAAUUUCUGGGUCUAUUUUACUGCAGGGGACAUCACAAUAUCCAAGCGGUCAGUUAUCGUCGAGGGAGUCUCUGCUAUUGUGUCAUUUGUGCACGCUUUGAAAUAAAAAAUAAAUAAAACGCGAGGGAUACGAAAUGUUGCGUUUGGUUAUACGUGUGAGAAAAGCGGUCAAUCUUAGCCGGCCCCAACUCUGCUCGGGCGCUGUGGUAAGAUCUCGAUCUGGACCAGACACUUGUCAUCUGAAGAGGUAUCAUUCCGGGGGCUCUACAUGGACUCGACCCAUUUGUUAUGCUACAAGAUAUAGCUCCGCCAAACCGACUGUGUAUUGCUAUCAGAGCAAGCGAUUCUACAGCCUUCCACCUCACCAGCAGGUGGAACUUCCAGCCCUGUCCCCCACAAUGCAAAUGGGCACCAUUGCACGCUGGGAAAAGAAGGAAGGUGAUAAGAUCAACGAGGGAGACCUUCUCGCAGAGGUCGAGACAGACAAGGCGACAGUGGGCUUCGAAAUUCUGGAGGAAUGUUACCUGGCCAAAAUUCUGGUCCCAGAGGGAACAAGGGAUGUAGCUAUUGGAUCACCCAUCUGUAUCACUGUGGAAAGCGCUGACCACAUUCCCGCCUUUAAGGACUACACCUUGGAAAUGGCGUCCGCAGCCCCCACCCCCGCUGCGGGGCCCCCGCCUCCUGCCCCUCCACCUCCUGCUGCCUCUGCCCCCACACCUCCACAGGCCCCUGGGAGCUCUUAUCCCCCACACAUAAAGAUCACGCUGCCGGCCCUGUCCCCCACCAUGACCGUGGGCACGGUUCAACGCUGGGAGAAGAAGCCGGGGGAGAAGCUGUGUGAGGGGGACCUGCUGGCUGAGAUCGAGACGGACAAGGCCACCAUCGGGUUCGAGGUGCAGGAGGAGGGCUACCUGGCCAAGGUGCUGGUGUCCGAGGGAACCCGGGACGUGCCCCUGGGGACCCCGCUCUGCAUCAUCGUGGAGAACGAGGCCGACAUCCAGGCGUUUGCGGACUACGUGGAGACGGGCGUGGCCGAGAUCAGUGCUCCGCCCACAGCGCCCGCAGCAGCAGCUGCUCUACCCCUCCCGACCGUAGCACCGCCCCCGCCAGCCCCAGCACCCAGCCCGGCCGUGCCAGCAGGCGCCAAGACGGGAAGAGUCUUCGCUAGCCCCCUCGCCAAAAAACUGGCUGCUGAAAAGGGCAUUGACCUGGCCCAGGUCAAAGGGUCGGGCCCAGAUGGCAGAGUCACCAGAAAAGACAUCGAGAGCUUCGUCCCGCCCAAGCCUGCACCCGCCCCGCCCACUGCAGCAGCUCCCGCCCCUGCUGCGGUUCCCAUGCCGACGGGCACCUUCACGGACAUCCCCCUUAGCAACAUCCGCAGGGUGAUUGCUCAGAGGCUGAUGCAGUCCAAGCAGACGAUCCCUCAUUACUACCUGUCUGUGGAUGUCAACAUGGACCAAGUGCUGGAGCUGAGGCAGGAGCUCAAUGAGGAAGUAAAGGCGGAAAACAUCAAGCUCUCGGUCAAUGACUUCAUCAUCAAGGCCUCGGCUCUGGCCUGUGUGAAGGUGCCAGAGGCCAACUCCUCCUGGAUGGACACUGUUAUUCGCCAGAACCACGUGGUGGACGUCAGUGUGGCGGUCAGCACUCCUAACGGCCUGAUCACUCCCAUCGUGUUCAACGCCCACAUUAAGGGCCUGAGCGCCAUCAGCACAGACGUGAACUCUCUGGCAGCCAGGGCCCGGGAGGGCAAGCUGCAGCCCCAUGAGUUUCAGGGGGGAACUUUCACCAUCUCCAACCUCGGUAUGUUUGGGAUCAAGAACUUUUCGGCCAUCAUUAACCCACCGCAGGCCUGUAUCCUGGCUGUGGGAGGGUCAGAGAAGAGACUCCUACCUGCAGAUAAUGAGAGAGGGUUCGACGUGGCCAGCAUGAUGUCGGUGACGCUGAGCUGUGACCACCGGGUGGUGGACGGGGCGGUGGGCGCCCAGUGGCUGGCAGAGUUCCGCAAGUUCCUGGAGAAACCCGUCACCAUGCUGCUGUGACCGGCCAAUCCCGUCCCGACUCCGCCCCUGUCCCCGCCCCCUCCUCGCCGCCCUGACACCUACGCACAGAUCAGGGAACCUCGCUCACAGGACCCCCACACAUCCCCCCAAAAUUAGAGCCUCCAUCUUUCCAGCCCCAUAUCCUGCACUCCCUGGCACUCUGACGCUCACACAUUAACAUCUUGCUGGGUUCCCUUAAGAAAGCAGCCCAUGUGAGAAUAGUUUGGCCAGCAGACUCGUAGACCUGUGCAAGGCGGGGCAGCAGAAUUGAGCCUGACUGGUGCUGUGUUUGGUCUUUCUUGAGAAGAUGCCAGUCUGAUAUUCUGCUGUCAGCUCCCUCUGCACCACUCAUUAGUUAACCUACUCGAGCCCUGUUCCUAAACCCACGGUCCUCGAGGACUGAACUGCUUGUUUUCACCCUCGCCUUACCUGGGAGACAGGGGUGAAGACAGCCUGGCUGAUUCAGUGGCACUAAUUGUAAAGUUAAUUACCUGGGAGACCCAGGGCUGGAUUUAGAUCCAAUGGGCUGAUUUUACUGUCCCUGUUCUGGUGUGAACGUUAAAUGAGGCCACAUCCUGGUAUUUGGCAACGGGAGGUGGGUUUUUCUUUCUCAAAUUUGGAGAGAUGGAACUUUUGGCCUUAGUGGUGUGUGGUUAAUUUCCAUGCGAACGACCCUGUCCUUUUUUUCCACCCUCCACCCUCGGCCCAACCCCCAAACCCCCUUUAGCAAAACCCGCACACGGCGAGUGCUAUGUGCUGCUUGCGUCAGACUGCCAUUUGCACUGGUUUCUUACAGGGGUUCUGUAAGUAAAUAGAGAGACCGACAGAUUGUUAAUUAAUGAGUCUGUUCAACCUUCACUCCAGAGUAAGCUCAGCUGUACACUACUCAGAUUUGUUUUCUUUUUCUUUUUUCUUUGAUGAGACAUGAAUGUUGAAUGUGUUAGGGGACAAAUAAUUAUAUUGACCGUCUUAUGCCACGUACCACAAAAGUUGAGAGACAGAGACCAGAUCAGAUAAUUUGCAUAAGAAACAAGGGGGAAAAAAACUAUUUGAAAAAGCCCCAUGCUUAAAGGAGACCUGCAGUUGUAAAUUCAAGAUCCAACUCGCAAAUAAUCAUGCUUGUACAUAGUUAAAAUCAAUUGAGGCAGCUCAUGGAAAGGGAUACUUUAUGGGUAAGGGAAAUAUUAUGCUAUAUUUAUUGAAAUGUGUGUGUUUCUGAAUGGGGCAGGUUGAAAGCUAAAGUUUAUAUGUGUAUCAAACCUCGGUCAAUUAUGUAAUUGUUUUGUAUUCAAAUACUUUUCUGUGCUCGAUUGAUCUUGCCUGGUGCAGUUGAGCAGGUUCCAACACACUAGACAAGCUCAGUAAUGCGUAGAAAGGUAUGUAAUUAUGUAAUUGACCCCAGUCUGAUGUGUAUGCAUAAAUUGUACAUAGAAUGUUGAAUACUCAUUCCAGAGUCAUUCAUUGGAGACUUAACGGUGCAGUGAGAGUGUGUUCUAUACCAACGUGCUGUUUUACCACUGAGGCAAUAUGCGAAGAUUACUCCAAAUAACCAGGCUAAUAGUGUUUUUAUCCUCACCCCUUCUCUGACUAAACCGAGAAUAUUCAUUACAUUGAAUAUUGCGCAGAUUAGAAUGCUAUUUAUGAAGUUAUAUUCCUAUAUAUAUAUAUAUAUAUAUAUAUAUAUAUCUUUACGCUUAACGCUUAACGUGAAAUUAACUUUACCAACUUGGCUUUUGAGGAGUUUUCACUGAAAGGGGGUCCAGUUCUUCCCACAAUCACAUCAUCUCUUCCCGUUCUUAACACGUCACUCUUACAUUUAAUGUAAAUAUCUGCCUGCUGGUGUUUGUACACAUCUAUGUAUAAACUGCCUUGGUAAUUUAUUUUCAGUGUCGAUACACCAUAGAUGUGUGUAUUAAUGUAUGUAUAUACUGGGUAUGUGUAUGUUUGUAUGCAUAUGGGGGUAUGUGCAUUAUGUAGUUACCCUGAACACUGAGUUCUGAUUACAGUUUGGGCUGGGCACUGCCCACAGCCUAAACCCUGAGGUGGUGUGGUUAAAUGAUACAGCUUAUAUUAAGCCACUGGGUGUAUGUAUAUUUCUGUCACCAUUUCUCAAAAUUCAACCAGCUGUGUCCUGAAUGCCUCAUCUACUGUACAACAACUCGCAUCACCUCAGUGUCUAUGCCUCUGUAGCCCUAUUCAGUGUUUAAGUGUCAUCUGCCUUAUUGUUUUGAGUGUUUGUGUACCCUAUCUCAUGGUGGGCUGGAAUAUAAAUGCACUAUUAAAUGGUACUUUUUGGUCCAA